AUGGAGACACCACACGCAGGCACUGCACGCGACGGCGUGCAUGCGCAAGAAGCUCCCGCCACCGGUCACGGAGGGGUCGGUAGAGUCGAAGAUCUAGAGGAGAAGAGCAACCCCGGUAACGUCCAUGCGGAUCGAGGAGUCACAGGCGAAGCUAGUGGAAGAAAACGAUGGGCGUGGAAGAAAUAUGAUACACCCAUGACUCCACCCAUUAACUCAAGUUUGUUUGCACCGGCCCUUGGAAAGGGAACAAGGAUGCAUAUGGAUAGCUUGGAUGGGUCGCCCCGUACGCUGGUUACGACUUUGAGGAGACCGGUGGAACCGCCAAGAUAUUUUAUAUAUGAACAGGCUGGAUAUGGAGGACCACGGCAAGGGAAUGAGUUUCAUAUUGCCCAAGGUCAAGCUGUUCACGGUAUGCCGCCUGAAAUAGGUGCGCGUGGACAUAUGCAAGGACAAGAUCAGUGCUUAAAUGAACAAGCACAACAGCACCAAUUUCAAGUCAGAUACCCAGAUGCAAGGCAGAAGAAACUCGGAAUUCGAUUUUUUGAUGAUCGAAAACUUAUUAAAGGCCUCGGGUUUGGUUUUUUGGAAUGGGGUCGAAGAUUUAAGCGCCAAAUUUCAUUGGCACAAUCGUCUUGUGGUUUUCUGUGGCCGUAG